GGAGCAGAAAUAAAGCCGUUGUGCCGGGGCGGAUAGGGGGUGCGGGCUUGCAGCGGCUGCGUGCUUGUGGACUUCCCGCCUGCGCCGAGCGGCCGGGCUCUCGGGCCAAGUGGGGAGCGGGCGGCGGGCGGGCAGGUGGCCCCGGGCCGCCGCGCCCGCGCCUUGGCUCUGCCCCCCGGGAGCCGAGCGAGCCGCUGCUCCCUCGUGGUGUGAGGGCGGUGAUGUUUUUCCUCCCACCCACUUCUGAGUCCCCCCUCCCCCCUCGCGCGCACUCUAGCUCUCGCCACAACCUGCGAGCCCCAGACCUCGGAGGAGCGCCCCGGGGAGCUCGGAGCCCGUGCACGCUUGGAAGACGGAGGAGGCCAGUGGCCAGCUUGAGUGUACUGGGCCCUGAAAGUUUUGAGUUGCCUUUUGCAGUGGCCAGAAUGAGAAAAAAGUGGAAAAUGGGAGGCAUGAAAUACAUCUUUUCCUUGUUGCUGUUCUUUCUUUUCCUAGAAGGAAGCAAAACAGAACAAGAAAAACAUUCAGAGACAUACUGUGUGUUUCAAGACAAGAAGUACAGAGUGGGUGAGAGAUGGCAUCCUUACCUGGAACCUUAUGGGUUGGUUUACUGCGUGAACUGCAUCUGCUCAGAGAACGGGAAUGUGCUUUGCAGCCGAGUCAGAUGUCCAAGCCUUCAUUGCCUGUCUCCCGUGCAUAUUCCUCAUCUGUGCUGCCCUCACUGCCCAGAAGACUCCUUACCCCCAGCAAACAAUAAGGUGACCAGCAAGUCAUGUGAGUACAACGGAACCACUUACCAACAUGGUGAGCUGUUCAUGGCUGAAGGGCUAUUUCAGAACCGGCAACCCAAUCAAUGCACCCAGUGCAGCUGUUCGGAGGGAAACGUGUACUGUGGUCUCAAGACUUGCCCCAAGUUAACCUGUGCAUUCCCAGUCUCUGUUCCGGAUUCCUGCUGCCGGGUGUGCAGAGGGGAAGGAGAAUUGUCCUGGGAACAUUCUGAUGGUGAUAUCUUUCGGCAGCCUGCCAACAGAGAAGCAAGACAUUCUUACCACCGCUCUCACUAUGAUUCUCCACCGAGCCGACAGGCUGGAGGUCUGCCCCGCUUUCCUGGGGCCAGAAGUCACCGGGGAGCUCUUAUGGAUUCCCAGCAAGCAUCGGGAACCAUCGUGCAGAUUGUCAUCAAUAACAAACACAAGCAUGGACAAGUGUGUGUUUCCAAUGGAAAGACCUAUUCCCAUGGCGAGUCCUGGCACCCGAACCUCCGGGCAUUUGGCAUUGUGGAGUGUGUGCUGUGCACUUGUAAUGUCACCAAGCAAGAGUGUAAGAAAAUCCACUGCCCCAAUCGAUACCCCUGCAAGUAUCCUCAAAAAAUAGAUGGAAAGUGCUGCAAGGUGUGCCCAGGUAAAAAGGCAAAAGAAGAACUUCCAGGCCAAAGCGUUGACAACAAAAGCUAUUUUUGUGGAGAAGAAACAAUGCCCGUAUAUGAGUCUGUGUUCAUGGAGGAUGGGGAGACCACCAGAAAAAUAGCACUGGAGACUGAGAGACCACCUCAGGUAGAGGUCCACGUUUGGACCAUUCGAAAGGGCAUCCUCCAGCAUUUUCAUAUUGAGAAGAUCUCCAAGAGGAUGUUUGAGGAGCUCCAUCACUUCAAGCUGGUAACCAGGACAACCCUGAGCCAGUGGAAGAUCUUCACCGAAGGAGAAGCUCAGAUCAGCCAGAUGUGUUCAAGUCGUGUGUGCAGAACAGAGCUCGAAGAUUUGGUCAAGGUUUUGUACCUGGAAAGGUCUGAAAAGGGCCACUGUUAGGCGAGACAGACAGUAUUGGAUAGGGUAAAGCAAGAAAACUCUAGCUGCAGCUGGACUGCAGGCUUAUUUUGCUUAAGUCAACAGUGCCCUAAAACCCCAACCUCAAAUGCAGUUAAUUAUUCACGCCAUGCACAGCAUAACUUGCUCCUUUAUGUGGAGUGGUGUGUCAGCCCUUAAACAGCUCCUCCAAGGAGACUAGAAGAGUCUUGAAUUAUUUGUGGGAGGAAGAGGGAUAGAACACCACAACGCUGCUCUAGUUUCUGGGAGAAGCACAUUUCUUUGCAGGUUAAAGAGUAAACAAAACCCCAGGGUUUCUAUCUAGAAAGUUAUUCAAAUGAAAGAAAGAGAAGGGAAUCGCUUAGUAGGAGUUCUGUAGUACAGAGAAAAUAUUUGUAUGAAAUUAUACUCUUUGAAUUUUAGAAUGUGUUGUGUUUUUUUUUAAAUUAACUCCCCAUCCUC